UCCCUUUCAUUAAAGUGAUACAAUCUCAUCUCUUGGUAGGAAACUGUCACUGAUUGGUCAAGUCUAUUCAUGACCAGAACAGACAGCUAAGCAACACCAACAGACGUGUAACAGGCAGCCCAUUAAGAUAUACACUCGUAUAACCUGGAUCCGUAAUGAAAUGAUGGACACACCUUGGUCAGUGUUCGAACUGGAAUGAUGGAUGGGUCAUAAUUGACCAAAAGAAAACGGUGAUUAACAGUCCGACUCUACCCAAACUGAACAUUUGCCAUAUACCUGGUUGCCAAGGAUAAGAGUUGCUAUGGAAUGAAGCAUCUACUAGUGAUACGCUCCUUAUUGCUACAGAAACAUCUCUGGUUCCUCCGAUCACUGCCACUUAGCUGUGCCAGCCCCUUGAUAACACAAGUUCAGAAUCAAUGUGAUAACAUCUACCUCGGUCGUGACAGCCGUUAUUGGUUACUCUGGAGGCUGCGAGGAAGCAAACCUCUGUUGGACAUUUAGUCCUCUCGGAAACUGGUGUGUGCAGAACACGAUAGCGACGUGCUUGGGUUAUCGGAACGGAAAGUGGUACUAUUCUCCAGUGUCAGAUAGAAGUAGAGAUUGUCAACCCUGUACAGGAGGGAAAUACGAGGAUUUAUCACCAUCAUCAGAGGAUAUAUCAUCAUGAUGUAGCAGACAAUGUCACCAGCAGGCUCUGCGGGUUCUCCAGUGAGGCCGUACCUUAACGGGGCACAGGUAACAACAGAGUCACGAGGGAGCUGAUCGCUUGCUUGCUCGCUCUUGCUGCCUCGCCAGUUACUCGCACCACAGGCUGAGCUCUACAGGCUGAGCAGACGUCCACAGUACAGGUAUGUGCUCACGGUCAGUCGGGGUACAUGUGAUACACAUGCAGUGGAUUGUGGGAUACACCUGUCAGUGAGGAUACAUUCAUUACACAUUUCCGAUGUGACCGUGGUGUCCACCAGCCCUGUUUAACCUUUAUGAUGGGGAAGUCGCAGUCAAGAGCCAACCAUUAUGAUUAUUGAAAGGAAAACAAUGAAUAUUCUCUUCUAUCUGGGGAUUAUUGUGCCAACAAUCAUCACUGUCAUCUUAUUUGUGCUUUUUAUUGUGUGUUGGUAUCGUCUGAAAGCUCGACGGGAGGUCUUGCACAAGAAACACGACCCCCACGGCAAGAUGCGACAGCUGGGCGUGUCAAGGGUUCCUCCCCCUCCUCCCGUGUUCAUCCGACAGGAAUUCCAGCGCCUGUCUGUGAUCGGAGAGGAUAACGAUGCUUACCAAGUCAGUCGCAGCCCCUCCACAGAGCAGGAUCAUGGGGCACGUCCCGGACUGUACCACGCCCCGCAUGACAGCGGCUUGUCGGAACUCAGUGAGUUCCAGUGCAAGGACAGGCCUCACUCACAAGCAUCACAAGGAUCAACAGAUUCGGAGGAUUCCGGCUUCAGGAGUUCCCGUUCAGGACAAUACCAUCCUAGUGCAAAUAAUCAGCUUCAGGACAUUCCUUUGCUGAAGCCUAUCAAAUCCAACAAGGGUGCUCUAGAGACAGUGCGGCUUCCCCCUUCAGAUAAUGCUCACGCUCAGUCGCAGAUGCAGGCUUGUGCACGGCCGCUCAACUCAUCAACUAGGAACAUUAAUUCAUCAGCCAGACAUUUCAAUACAUCCGACAGAAAUCUCACUUGUGCAGUAAAAAAUCUCCAUUCUUCAAGGAAUCUGAAUUCUUCCUGUAGGACCAUGAACAAUUCUUCUUCCUUCAGUGGCAUGGAGCUCUCGCCGCAGAAGGUAAACUUGACAGACAUUAGCACCCACAUCAGUUGGAUGUACCUACAGAACUUAGCAACAUCGCCAACUGCAGCGCCACACGGUGGCGGAGGCAUCAACCCCACAGUCACCAUGGCCCAGGUCCACUGCAGCAGUGGCACAACGGGGGCUGGGGCAGUGGUAGAAUCUAAUGGAGAUUUAUUAGGGUAUUCUGUGGUAUGACUGGGAACAUUCCCAAACUGGAGAUAUUUACUGGAUUAGACACUAGUUGAUUCAAUCUCCUGUUGUGUGAUUUUGUGUGGAUAACUAGUCUCAGAACCAAUCUCAUUUCAUUCCAAUCUGCAGCAAGCAAAGCUGCAGAUUUACAGCUGAGUUCAACAAAAAACAAACAAAUAACAGUUUUUCUUAAAAAAUUGUUUAACUUGAGAUUUGCCUGGUGUUUCGAUGUUGGGAGGAUCAGCGAUGAUGGCAGAGACUCAUGAUGACUGCAGGAUUACACUACAUUCCUCCUACGACUCCAUUCCUCUAGUGCUACGUACAGACCAGCUGUCUCUGCAUCCUUGUACAUCAAAGAUAGACAACUCAUUCAGAUAAUUGUGGAAAUAGUCUACUGGACAAGCUUGUCCCCUUGUAAUUGUGUGUUUUAUAUGUGACUGUGUUUGUGCCCUCUGUGAUACCAUGGUAGCAGCCAUGUUGUUGGUGUGAGGCCAAUGUGCUUGUUUUCAUCGGACAAUGUGAGUGUGUUCGUUGAUGGCUGGGAGUAGUUGGAGUGUGUGGCAUGUUGACCGAUCCGGGAUGUUAUUGACAUGUGUGAAAGUUGAGGCGUGACAGGGUGCGUAUGGUGGGUGUGAUUUGGACAGAGAUUUGUAAACUGUGAAAACAUAGUUCUCAACAACGUCAAUGGCUUGUUGACUAAACCUGACAAAAUAAAAUAAUUUAUGUACUUUUCAAA